AUGGAUGAACAGAAAAAGAGACCUCUUUCAACCCCAACAAAACCACCUAGAAAAAAGCCGGCUCAUUUUGACACACCAAUUAAAAUUAGGCAGAGUGUGCAAGAGUUACUACAGCAAAAUCAGUUAAAUUACAACGAUAUAAAUAUUUGCUCAAACUUUCGUGAAAACAUACAAACGCAUGGUCAACCUUCCUCUUACUGUGAAAAUGUGUUGAGCUUGAAAGAAAGCAGAGCCCAUGAAAAAGCUAUUCAUACUCCUACACCAUCAAUAAACAAACCAUCUGAACAUGUGUGUGAUUCAGCUUCCUUGCUAUUCAGAAGUGGUUGCCCAUUAGUUGAAGAAGAAUUACUAUUGUAUGCACUUGUUUGCACUUCCUUUCCCGAAAAUGGUUACAAUAUUAAGGCUAAAUCAGCAGAUAAAUAUGACCCAAUAAUCCAUGCAAUUGGAAAUGUCUAUCACAUCGACUUCAAGAAUCAUGAUUUGAGGAAUUAUAUCCAUCGGGCAACCCAUAAUUUAGUGACAGGUCUUGGAAAGGUGAAAGGAACCCUUAGAUGGGUGUACUACAAAAAUAUAGUGACUGAAGUUUUGGAAAAAUCCAGUCAACUUUUGAAGGAUAUUCUUACAAACUGUGAUUCAGUAUCAUGGGAUGAGAUUAAGGAAUUGAAAGAUUUUAUAAGUGAGCAAUGUUUAAAAGCAAGACAAAUAAACCAUGAAAGAAAUUGCACUAACGGAGCCCAAACCUCUCCAGAAAAGUGUAUGUUUGAGUCUGAUAUCCUAAUUGUCGAUCAAAUCACAGAACUGCAUAUCCUUGAGGAAUUUCCAAAGUGGAAGGUUAAUUACAAUGAUAAUGACAAGUCAGCUCAUCUUUUCCAUUUUUCUGGAAAUGAUGGGUAUGCCGAAAUUGAAGUGAUAAUUAGUAGUGAUAAAUCAUGGAUUAUUAUGCUGGAAGGCAAGCUCCAAUGCAAUGCUAAUUUAGAAUGGGCUGAUAUCCCCUUACAACUAAACUUAGUGUCGGAAUUGCAACAGUUGCUGUCGGUCAUACAAGGUUCGCACAUUUGUAAAGGUUGCCCAUAUGAGCCCUUUUACAACAUUAUAUCAAGUGACAGUAGUCAACCAAUAUUUCUCACAAAGAAUAAAGAGGUGGGUGCUUAUGUUGAGGAUAAAAUCUCGCAUUUCCAUAACAAAGGGAUCCGGUCAACUGGUUGUGUAGUAUUUCUCCCUGGAAAUGACAGCCUUGUCUGUGCCAAAACUGUGUGUGAUUUAUGUGCCAAAACAGAACAUUACUUACGCACUAAAAAAUCCAGAUUCAAUAAAAAAAUUACUCUUGAAGAUAACAAGGAAUUGUCAGUUGACAAUUGCAACCCUCAUCAUAAUUUUGCCUAUAUGACUAAAGAACAACUACUUAUUACCACCAGAAACCAGUCAAGGCAAUUAAAACAGCUGCAUAAACAGGUAAAAAAAUUAGAAACGCACAGAGAAAACAUGAAUGAAGUUGGUGAGAAGACAAAUGGAGACCUCAAAUGCAUGUUUGAAAAAUUGAACAAAGGAUUAAAUUCCAGAAGGGAAAGACUUGAAAACCCUGUAUGCAUGUGGAAAGGAUGUUGUGGAGAAAAAUUUUCUGAUGUUGAAUGUCUUUAUAAUCAUGUUAAAGAACACAUCCCUGACAGUGACCCAUCUAUUGCACCAGUGGAUCGUAUGUAUAUUUGUAUGUGGGAAACAUGUGACAAGAAAUUUUCAAAGAAAAAGCUGUUACAUAAUCAUAUUUUGGAGCAUACUGGCAAUACACAUGAUCAGUUUUUUGAAAUCCUGUUGAAAGACCAGGCUAAAGCACUCACAAUGCCAUCAAAGCAAAUGCGCUGGCAUCCAUUGAUUAUAAAGUGGUGUUUGAGGAUGUACACUAAAUCACACUCAUUAUAUGAUGAUAUAAGAGAAUCUGGAGUUAUCAAACUACCUAGUGGUAGAACACUAAAUGAUUACAAAAAUUUUUGCUCCACUAAGUCUGGUUGGAAUACAGAAAAUAUAAAGGCAAUGAAUGACAAACUUGAAAAGUUAAAACUAAAAAAAUGUGCCAAGAUUGGUGCAUUUUUGUUUGAUGAAGUAAAGAUUAAGGAAGGCCUGCUAUUUGAUCCAUCCACUUGGGAAUUAAUAGGAUUCACCAACCUUGAUAUCACAGAAGAAACCUCUGGUGACAACUCUACUACUAAUAACCACCCAGAGGAAAAACUUGCGACACAUGUCUUACAGUUCUUCUUCAAGAGCUUAUUUGCUAAGUUUGACUUUCCAUGUAGUUACUUUCUGACUAAUGGGAUCAAUGCUCAGAAGCUUAAUAGAAUUUUCUGGCAAGGCGUAAGCAUACUACAUGGUUUUCAGUUCACCAUAUUACUUUCAAUCUGUGAUGGAGCUUCUGAAAAUCGGGCAUUUAUAACUAUGAAUGGCAUAAAUGCUUCAAAGAGCCAAGGUACCAACAGAUUUUCAGGAACACCAAUAUUCUUCUUUUCAGACCCGCCCCAUUUGAUGAAAAAGUUGAGAAACAACCUGUUUAGCAGUGGGUUUAAAGAAAAACACAAUCGUUUCACAAGAACACUAAAACUUAAUAAUAAAUAUGUGUUAUGGGACCACAUAUAUUCUGUAUUUGAACGGGAAAAAAGAAGGCGCAUUUAUUCAACCCCUUUGAGAAGGGCCCAUGUUCAACUUGAUAAUUUAAGCAAAAUGAGGGUUAAACUGGCAGUUAACACUCUGUCCAAAGAGGUUGCAGAAGAGAUGAGAGAGCAUGAGAACAAUAUCACAGAAUCAACCCAGGAAUACAUUUGUAUGUGUAAUGACCUCUGGGAGGUAUUUAACAGUAGACACCCAAUCACAUCAGUUCAAGACCCUCGAAUUGGUACAUUAGACAAUGUAUUAGGCUUCUUCACAAACUGGAAAGCCAGUCUUGAGCAAGAAUUUACCAUCAAAUCUGAUGUGUCAAGCCAUUUUAUAACUUGGCAAACCAUGUUUGAUUUACAGGUAUAAAGCCUUUAAGUAUAGAAAAAUCAUAGUUUUUCCUUUUUUUUAGGUUGGUAAGUGCAAUUCAUUGUAAUCUCCCUAUAAGUGCCCCCAGGGGGGGUUAUUUUUCAAACUCCAUUGGGUGGGCUUCACAUUGUUGUGAGACAACUUAUAUAAAGAGAGAUUACUACACGAGAUAUUCAAACUAAACUCUAUUGCCAGUAUUAGGAUCCAAAAGCAAAAAUCUUUGUAUAUUCUAUUUACAUCUACAAAAUGCAUUCAGUUACAUUUAUAGUAACACAGCAAUUGUAGACUGAUUGUUCAAAAAUUACCCAUUCACAGCUUUUACUGAAAUUGUUUUGACUCUUAUUACCAUUUUACUGUUUCCAGGUUACAAUAAAUGCCCUCAAAGGAUUACUUGAGUAUCUGCAAACCAAUGAAUUCAAAGAAGAGUUCGGAGAAGGCCUUUAUCUUGUGUUGAAUAGAUUAAACCAAGACUGUGUUGAAUCGUUCUUCUCCGUUCAAAGACAAAUGUGUGGUGGCACGCAAAAUAUGACUGCUUAUAUUUAUGGAUACAAUGUUGCUGGAAAUAUUUCAUUUACAAAUUCCAAGUUAGUUUCAAGAAAGCAAACAAAUGUAUAUGAAACAGAACAAUGCCUUACACUUGCUGCCGACUCUCAAAACCUGCCUAAACGCCAGUCAGGUGAAAGUAUAUUUGAUAAAGUCCGAUGGCCUGUAACAUUGUCUUGA